AUGCAUCAGAAAAAAUCUGAAGUACAGAUCGGAACAGAAAGCAGCGGCGUCUCUUCCGAUUUCAACCCGACCCCACCUCUCCCGCCGCCUUCCCUUACCCAGAAACACCCACACCUUUCCCAAAAUUCCCAUCCUUGUCCCCACCACCCACCUCCUCCGUCCGGUCUCAACCCCUCCCUUCAGAUCCUCAUCAACGACGACGAGAACCAGCAGCAGCUGGACCAGAAUGACCCUUUUGCCCUCAAACCGCCGACCCCUUUUAAGCGACCCCACCUCCAGCAGCAAUUCUCCAGUUCCCUUCCCAAGACGCCGACUUUAUCGAAUGCCCUUCAUAGAUACAGCGGCCUACCCUCACCGAACCCACCUCCAAAAUUCAAUAUCUUCUACAAUCGGUCGCAUAAAUUCCUGACCCAUUUCCUCCACCACCUCCGCCACUUGCGCCGCCGCCUUCGCGUCCACCUCCGCCUCAUCCUUUUACUCAGCCUUCCGUUCUUCUACUUUCUGGUCUCUCACCCAUCCAGCUCUUUCUUGCUUGAUUUCCUGUCUGCUUUUGCCUUCUCGGCCGUGCUUUUGUUCUCUUUGAACUUGGCCAUCCCACGGCUUCCCACUAUAAGGUUGUUCCUUGCCAGGUCAUUGCCGACCAAGGUUAGUGCAAAGGAUCACGCGAGCCGGCCACAUUUGCCGGUAUUUUGGUCUAUUGGGUCUCGUCAAAAGGCGGAUAAGAAAGUGAUUUCAGGGUGUUAUGUACAGGCUUAUAGCAAUGGGGAUGUGUACGAGGGUGAGUUCCAUAAGGGGAAAUGUAGUGGGAGUGGGGUGUAUUACUAUUAUAUGAGUGGUAAGUAUGAGGGGGAUUGGGUGGACGGCAAGUAUGAUGGCUAUGGGGUUGAAACGUGGGCAAGGGGUAGCCGUUAUAGAGGACAGUAUAGGCAGGGUCUUAGGCAUGGUUUUGGGGUGUAUCGGUUUUAUACUGGGGAUGUUUAUGCUGGGGAAUGGUCCAGUGGACAGAGUCAUGGUUGUGGGAUCCACACCUGCGAGGAUGGAAGUCGAUAUGUGGGAGAGUUUAAAUGGGGUGUUAAACAUGGUCUCGGUCACUACCACUUCAGGAAUGGGGACAGAUAUGCUGGAGAAUAUUUUGCUGAUAAAAUGCACGGAUUUGGAGUGUAUUAUUUUGCGAAUGGCCACCGUUAUGAAGGGGCAUGGCAUGAAGGUAGAAGGCAGGGACUUGGGAUGUACACUUUCAGAAAUGGUGAAACUCAAUCUGGUCAUUGGGAAAAUGGAAUUCUUGAUGUCCCAAGCACACAAGGCACUGUCUUUCCUGUUUCUCCUGUUGCUGUCAACCACUCCAAAGUGCUUAAUGGAGUACAGGAAGCUCGACGUGCUGCAGAGAAAGCAUAUGAGGUGGCAAAGGUGGACGAGAGAGUCAACAGAGCAGUUGCUGCCGCCAACCGAUCCGCUAAUGCUGCCAGAGUUGCGGCUGUGAAGGCCGUGCAAAAGCAAAUGCAUCACAGAAGCAAUAGUGACAAUAUCCCAAUUCCUGUUGUGUGA